AUGAACCGCGCGGUCUGUACCGCGGCCGGGGUGACCCGCUUACCUUCUGUUACCGCGUUUCCAGAUUUUAGACUGCGACUGCCUCUUCGAGUGCGCUCAGUCCGCUUCAUUGUUUUUGCUGUGGUUACUGUAUUCACUUUUUCUGUGGACCCGGAGAGAAGUUUCUGGAGAGUCCAAAACGAUCGGCUAGUGACCCACUUUUUAGGUCAUGGCCAUAGUUCUGAGAAGACCCUGUUCGCACUUUCCCCUGUGUUAGCGCACGCCAUCACAAGGGAGACGCCUCGCAAAACGCUGGAAGAACGCCACCAUGUUCGAGCGUUUUCAUCACAGCACGCCGGCAGAGCACGCCACGAUGAAGCGGAGCUGCAGCCCGUAUCCUCAAAAGAUUCGACAGCACGACGUACAGCGGCCGCCCAUGAAGAGUCUAAAGCUCAUAAUCGUGAGGGAAAAGGUGCAAGCGAAGGCUUCCAAGGACGAAGCAAGGUGGAAAAUGACGGUCAGGAAAGCCCAGACUCGAAAAACUCGGGCGCACCGUCUGCUCCGUCAUCACAGGCGAAGCCGGAGCGAAAUUAUCAGACUGGCUUCCUUGGCUUCUUCAGUGGACAGUGUCCAGCGACUCCGCUGACGACGCCUAUUCCUCCCCACUUUGUUCGGUUCGUUAUCAUCUGCUACAGUGUCAUCGCUGGCAUCGCGAUUCUCUGGUUGCUUGUGCAAGCGUCGCGUCGGAAACAUCAUCAGAGAAAACAAAAGCAGGCUCUUCAGGAGCUCGUUAGGCACGGGGAACUCUGGCAUCGUUCCGGCAAGGUCGUACAGCGACUUUCGUCCGGAAUGCGUGUGGCGACGGAAGGUGAUCCGGAUGAAGACAACUCCUUACAUUCAGGCCCCUUGACAUUUGUCCGUGGAAUGCUCAUUCAGCAGGAAGGGUGUUACAGAAGCCUUCCUGGGUCGAUGAUAAAAACAGUUCUGAAGGCGUCUUUCGCCUUGGCGUGUGUGCUGCCGAUCCUCGCGAUUUCGGUCUCGGUCGUGACGCACUCCAAUCGGUCACUGACUUCUUUUCUCAUGCCUCCCGUUUUCUAUGACGCGCAGGAACCCCCCGCCCCACCUUCAAACUUUCGUCUUGGUUCCGAGUCAGUGAAAAGUAGUCCGUCUGAUUCCUCCCGAGCCAUACCCAAGACAAGGCCCCCGGCGUCGCUCGAGGGCUCGUCAAACGACUUCAUUACCCAGUACUGGAUUUCUGAUGUCGAGUGCAUGCAGACUCGCGAGGAAGUUUGUGUGAGUCUGAUGCUCUUUUCUUUUCUGUAUUUGGCCCUCGGUCAAGCUCUCUGGGUGAGGUUUCUGCGAGAUCUUGACCUAACCCCAGCUCCCUUAGCCUCGUGCUCACAGCUGCGCCUGCGCGUCACGUACAUCCCACUCCACAGAGUUGAACAACUGCGGCGCUCGUGGCAACGGGAACACAGGUGUCACGCAGCGAAAACCUGCUCGGAUGAGUUGAUGCGGCGUCGUUUCACCGCUGUAGCCGCUUCAGUGACAAAUGUCCUCUCCGCCGAGGGGGCCGAAAACUCAAGUCAGGCGCUGGAACGUCUCGGUGCCGGGGAGGCGUGCACGUCGGCAGUCGGCCACCCCGGAAAAGCGACGCGUGAAGGAAGUGAAGAAGGGCUAGAAGGCAAGAAAGACUGGACAGAUGGCGGCAUGUUUGUGGAAGAGGAAGACCUCACGCGGUGGUCCAUGGGGGAAAUCAAUUUGCAGAGCCUACAGACGCAGACAUUCGUGGCCGACGUCUGGAGUACUGUCAGUGUGCAGCAUCGGCAGCGGUUUGUGGAAGUCGAGGGGCUGAGCUUUGUCUACGAGUCGCGUACAGGAGUCUUCGUUCUCGCGACAACAUUUCAAGAAAAGCAAGGUGUCGGUGAAGCCGUCGAUCUCGCAGAGGCACUGACGGCGGAGGACAUGGAUGGAAGCGAAGACAAAGCCACUCGCCUCCUUAACACAUUCCAACGCGUUUUGCUGAAGCCGGAGGAAGUUGCUGAUCGUCAGUAUAUCGGGAAAAAUCGGCUUGUCGUCGCCAACACGACGUUCAGGGAGCUCGUUUGGUCGUCCGUGACCGGGAACGCCUUCUACUUCGCCGUUCUUGUUGCCAUGUGGUACUACAGUUUCACGCGGAACUUUCUGGUACUGGGAACCCUGCUAGUCUUCGUCGUCUUCGAGGGACUCUACCGAAUCCGCCUUCUUGUCCGGCAGCAAAAACGGCUUCAGUCUCUCGCGGCAGAACGUGAGAAAGCCGUCAGUGCGAAACCGGCUCUGGUCCUCCGACUCCUUCGAACGGCUUCUGGCCUCAAGACUGGCGCUGAGCCGAGGUCGGCGACGCCACCUCAGAGUGGCCAAGGUUCCCAUUCCUUUGUGCCCACGUGGAUUCGAAUUCCCGCAGCCGAUAUCGUUCCCUCAGACAUCGUUCGACUGUCAAGAGGAGAUGUCGUCCCCUGCGACAUGCUCCUCGUUAACGGAACUGUUGCUGUCGACGAGUCCUCCCUUCGAGGUGACGGGACGCCUCAGCGUAAGGGGCCCUUGCGGGUAUCAGUUAGGAAGCUGCGAGGAAAGCUACAUGGCGGCGACAAAGGAACGCCUUUGCCCGAGGAUGGGCGACUCGCCGACAGCGUCUUGCAUGCAGGAACGAGCGUCAUCUCUUGCACGGAGGCGCGAGGCAGGAGUCGGACCCUGGACGAGGAGGCGAUCCAGUAUGUCUUCACUGUGGAAGACGAAACCGCAAAUAGAUCCGCAGGGAAAGCGUUUCGAGAAACACUGGGUGUUGAGCAAAGGGCGAAACUGGAGAAGAAUCUCGCAACUGUUGAGCGAACGCAGGUCGCUGCAGCCGAAGCUUUGAUGGACGCAGGAGCCUCCGGUCAAGGAGGCAUCUGUUGGGGAGUCGCCCUGCGCACGGGAAUUGAUACGGCUGCCGGACAGCAACUCCGGCAACUCCAGCUCCCGGAACAGGAAAUGUUUCGGUAUGACCGUAAACUCAUCUAUGUCUGCAGCAUUGUACUCAUUCUCUGGCUCGGCUUGGUCGCAGUGCAUGCGCACUACACCGAAAGUCUCUUGCUAUCUUUCCGCUUCGCCGUUGACUCUCUCCUGAAACUCUUGCCUUUGUGGCUGCCUGCUCUGUGCGGGCUUUUCGCCACCCUGGCGGCGCGCCGGCUUCGUGUUUGCAGCGCCAAGGAAAUUGAUGGAUUCCGACGCAGAGUUGAACAGGCGACCGGAAGAAAUUGUUUGAGGGUUUUUCUCUCCGCUGCUAGUCAAGCACGGAUGCUCGCCUCCCUCCCCAGCGAACAGCCUGUAGACACCAGGGAGCCCCAAGGUAUGUCGCCUGUUUCGCCAAAGUCCCGCAGUGGCUUAUCCUCGCCCCUUGAUCCCGCUGAUAGGUCAUCCACAGUCGUGGAUUCGAGGCCGUUUACUGUUGUUUGUCCGGCGCCUGGGCGGCUUCCUAUAGCGGCCAAAGUACGAAUCGUCUGCUUUGACAAGACCGGGACGCUAACGCGAGAAGAGUUCUCCUUUGUUGGGUGUCAGCCGGUCGAAGCCGCCUCCAUGCUGUCCUUUGUGAGUUACGAGCCGGAUGGUCCGGCCAUGCAGAUGCGACCUCGAGGUGCAGGUGCGCCUUUGCCUAACGUCAAAAACUCCCCCCAAACAUUCCAAGCUGCCGGCGGUGACCGGCAGGUUCCGCCACGUCUAUUCGAAGGCCUCGUCUGUUGUCACGGUUUGACAUUAGAUAACGCACAAAUGGUGGGGACGCUUCUGGAGCAGCAGAUGUUCGAGUCGACAGGAUGGAAGAUGAAAUGGACGGUGUUUCCUCAACAGCGCGCAGAUGGUCCGACAGAGAUCGCUGGUCUGACAAGACUCGCAUUCUCCCCGGCAAACGCUAAGGGGUACUACAGCGAUGAGGACGGAGACAGAACAGGAGGGUUUGUUCUUCUGCAGAGACUUGUGUUUGAUCCCGUGCGCCAAGUAAUGAGUGUUGUCGUUGCAAAGGUGAAAGACGAGCGACGAGGGGACCAGAACGAGGGAGAAGUUUUUGUUUUCUGCAAGGGAAGCUACGAAGCCAUCGCUUCACUCUGUCGCCCCGAAACGGUGCCUGGACAGUUCCUUCAUCGGGCCGGCACGUACGCGAAAGAAGGCGUGUACGUGCUUGCGGCAGCGAGCAAGUCUCUAGGCGUAAGGACCGACCUGAAUGCUUGGAAGGACUUACCUCGAUCGGAAGUGGAAAGCGACCUUGACCUCGAAGGUCUUCUGCUCUUCCGGAACGAACUCCGACCUGAUGCAGCUGACACCAUCCAUCAGCUCAAGGUCGCGAAAAUCAGGCCCGUCAUCCUCACAGGCGACUCUCCUUUAACUGCGGUUGCGGUCGCACGGCGAGCCGGUAUGGUCGGGGGCUCAGGAGGUGUCUUCGGCAGCGAUACCGGUAGGCUACAGAGGCUGAGCAGAGGUGAUACGGUGGAUGGCUUGCAUCCGAUGGUGCUAGGUGACCUUGUAGACGAUGAUUUGAGUGGUGAGGACGUCGAAGCGUUUCAGAGUGGCCAGGAUCGAGUAGGCGAUUCUAGAGCCGGUAAGAGAUGCACAGGAGGAUCUCAGGGGUGGCACCCUGCGAAGGAAAGGACAAGUGCCGUGUGUCAAGGCGAGAAAUCCAAAGCUGCGGCUGGGUUAUGCGAGAGAGUAAAGUGGACGAAUGUGGACACCGGAGAAGAAAUUGACCGGUGGACGGUCUUCUUCACUAAGGAAUAUAAGGAACUUGCGCUGACAGCGCGAGCCGUAGAAGCCCUCACAGAAACACCAGAUAUUUUGAUGGCAGGAGAUUUGAGUGGGGAGGAUUUCGCUGUCGGCGACGAAGGCGACAGCGAUCAGCUGGAGGAGGAGAGUGAAGGACUUCUUUGGUCUCAAGGGCACAGUGGCGUCCCGCCUGGAUCUGAAAGCACACCCAGCAACACAGGCGGAUCCUCUGGUAGCCAGUCCCCUUCUUCCGCGUCACUUGGACAAACCGAGUGCUGGUCUCCAAAUUCGAAGAGGUAUGGAGGGCCUGUAGAAGAUCCCAGCUCCCUCUUCAGGGUUCGGCAACGGAGACCAACGAUGUUUGACCGAAUUCUCUUUCGCGUCCGUGUCUUCGCACGGAUGUCACCCCAUGGUAAGGCCCUUAUCAUCGAGCGGUACCAAGAGAGAGGCCUGAUUGUGUCUAUGGUCGGAGAUGGGACAAAUGACUGUUUUGCCAUACGUCAAGCUCAAGUAGGCAUCGCUUUCGGGCCGGGAAGCCUGUGCCAGUCCAUUGCUCCUUUUGCAAUUCUGACAAACCAAAGGGAAGAGCCGACGCACUCUGCCUCUUCAUCGGACUCCUCUGCAUCCGCAGGUCAAUCAAAGGCUAGUCUAGUGGUGCACCACUGUCCUCGGGCAAACCGGUUUGAUUCGUGUGGCCUGCUGGGCGUCAUCACGCUCAUGCGUGAGGGCCGGGCAACUCUCGUCACAUCGUUUGCCGUCUACAAGCUACAGAUUUUGUACGGCCUGUUAUCCGCAGUUUCUUACUUAAUGCUGACAGUUGGUGCAUACGGCACCCCAAAUGCGUUUUCACUCUUCUUCUCUUCUGUAGCAAUGCUCCUUGGUCUAUCUUUAUCAAUGCUCUGGUCCGUUCCCUCCGUCACGCCGCUAACAAAGCGCAGUCCGACAAGUAAUCCACUAGGUGUCAGGACAGUGGCCGAAGUGAUGUCGAUUCUUAUUGUGGACCUGUUGGCACUAUUUCUGCUUUUUGGGCUCCUCUAUGGCCCAGCCGGACGGCCCCUGCCAUGUGCAUGGGUCCAGAGAGAAGUACGACACGAGCUGCUGCAACGGCAACAGAUCGAAAAUCUGCUUGAUCUUCAUUCAUUCAACGAACCACACAUUGCCCAGAUGGAAGACGCUGUGACCCACGCCAAGAAGAAGCUCGUAGAGUACAAUCCAGAUAAGGAGGCAGAUGGCGGCCACACAAAGCAAAGGACGGCGGUUCAUGACAAGGCGAUUGCGGAAGUGCAGCGAUGGAGGGUAGAAGUGACACCAUCACUAUCAUUCCCUACUCACGAAGCCAAUCGAGUGACAGACCUGGUGGGGAAUGUUUCUGAUAAAACUAUUUCAUCGCAGCAGCAGACGCUGAAUGGAAACCACUCUACAGCCAUGCUGAAAAAUUUGGAAGAAACAACGAAGGGUCACAACGGAGCCACUGCAUUUUUAGAGGUUAACCAGCAGGUGGCGACGCGAUUCCGCACCGAAGUCAAUGCCGUGCCUUUCCGCGAAAAAAGCAUCCGAAAACAGUCGGUCUUUUCUUCAGGUUUAGUGGAGGACGUGGAAUUGAGAAAUAUGAUACCGGCAGCGAAACGGAAUCGUGCCGUGUCUCAUAACGGCAAUGCACAUGAGGAUGGGGAGGUCCGACAUUUCUCGAUUCCAGAAUCGAGCGCACAGUCGUGGAUAGAAAAAACACGAGGUACCGCGCCGCCGCCACAUCCUGACGUUGACACUCUCAUGGGACACAACCUUCGUCCAGGAGCAGCAGAACACAACCUGCCAUGCAGCCGCGAUGGGAGAACUGAGGCUUCUGUCAUAUUCUUAUGGUUAGGAGCCUGCCUUCUCAAUGCCGCGCUUAUAUUUAGUAGCGGACGGACAUCGGGAAAAGCAUUUUGGAGUAAUCCGGUCCUGAUGCCUCUUAGCUUUAUCUUCGCGGUUUUCUUUGUGUUUCUAGUCACCGCGCCAAAGAACCGCGUGUCUUGUGUCUUCAUGGUCAACUGCCCCGCUAACGAAAUACGCAUGCAGCAGCAAAGACGGAAUGCCAUCGGGGUUGCAAAGCAGCUGGUUACGGACGAGGAAGCGAAAGACAUGUACAGGCUUCUGGCGCGGAACGCUGAAAUGGAUGUGGUAAAAGUGCGUGCUAUUCUGAGCGUUGAUAUGGCUGCACCUAACGAACGUCUACCAACCUUGCCUUCGACAUCUCUGCCAGCACACUCAAAUCUAGGCGGGGCUUCGGAAACGUCUAAGUCGGGCCAGCUGGAAACAGCAGGUGAUCUAGCGAAGUCGUUCAGAGCGCGCAUGGCGCGGCGGGCGCAGAUUGGCAUUCAUGGGUCACGCAAGCCAAUGAUUCCUGGCCAGUUUAACGGCGCUACCGAAGAACGCAACGAAGGCGUCAACAACGUACAAGUUGAUGAGGUGCAACCAAAGCAAGGAGACCGCGGCAGGGUAAAAGGUAAUAAUGGAUCGGUGAUAUCCGCGUGGUAUGGGCAAGUGCUGCUCUACGUCCUCUGUUCGAUGUCAGUCUUGAAUGGCAUGAUUCACAUGUACGUGAUUGGGGAUCAGAUGGGUCGAGACACUAUCGCCAACUGGUGGCGGAAGGCCCAUCCCUCCCGAUACAAAGGCGAGGUCAUUGCUGUGUAG